CAUUGAUUUCUUCUUCUUCGCCAAACCUUCCUCCAUCAAAGCCCUCAAAUCUUCACUAAUUUGCCCCUAUUUUCUUCCCCCUUCUGUCUUAUCCUCUCCUUUCCCUCCGUUAUCAUCUCUCUUUUUUUUUUUUAAACCUUUGCUGGGUUCGUCGCUAACCCAGGCGUGACUUGGGUUCAUCGCGCUCGAGUUCAUCUUGGGUUCGCGACGAACCCCAAGCACGCCUAGGUGGUUCGUCCUGGGUUCUUCGCAAACCCAGGAUGAACCCAGCUCACAAGACUAGGUUGUCAAUGAACCCAACUUGCGCCUGGUGGAUCGACAACGCCGAGGCCCAAGGCCACGCCACCGUUUUCGUUGCCAAGUUUUUUGGCCACUAUGGCCUCAUCUCCUUCCUUUCCGCCAUUCCAGAAUCUCAGCGUCCUGCAUGCGGAAGGAUGGUGAAUCCGGUGAACGGCGCGGUAGGGCUGCUGUGGAUGGAGAACUGGCAUGUGUGCCAGGUGGCGGUGGAGAUUGUUCUCCUUGGCAAAACCCUCCGGCCGUUGUCAGAGUUGAUGGUUUCUCCACCAGCAUCCGACGAAACUUCGAAAACAACCUGGACAGAUACUCGGAAGCUUCAAGAAACAAUGAAUCUGAACUCGAACUUCAGAUUUACAAAUUCGAGAUCCAUGGUCUCGCCAAAGCGAAAGAUGGAGGAGGAAUUUAAGAAACCACCUCCAUUCGAUCUAGAUCUCUACCUGACCCCAACCUUCACGGCCAAGGAAGUGACGGAUCGACACUCCAUCCGAUGUUACAGCCUGCUUGGAUAGUGGGUUUGGAGCAAAGUUGAAAGGAGGAUUUUAUGUUGACCCUGAAGCCAAGUUUUUAAUUCUGGAGUUGUUUGUUUGAGAAGAAUGAUAGUUUAAUUUUUAUAUGGAUUUAUCUACCCUUUUUGAGCCUAGAAAUUAAUAUUAUGGGUCCUUUGUAACUUAGUUUCACCUUUGUUUAUAUUAAUUUCAUUAUUUGUAGGUGGACAUUAAGAUAGGAAUUAAUUUUGCAAUAAGUGACAAUUUACACAUACUGCAGUAAUUUAACCAUAUCUUUUUCUCUAGGUAUCGGAUUGAGUUGAUUCUUUAGGCGUUGGAAAGCUAAGAGGCAGAGCUACAAUUGAUGUUUUAUGAGCUUAACCCAGUUCUAGCUGUAUCAAUACAGAUUUUUGGUUGAAUGUGACGGUUUUGACUAUAGGCAGUGCAGAAAUAAAGAGACGGGCUAUGUUUCUUUUAUGUGUGGGCCAAUUGCAAUCCAGGCCCAAAACAAAGCCCAUAACCCAUGUCUGCUAGGGUUAAAGGAAAUAAGGGUUCUAGGUUCUAAUUUCUUGAUAUAUAUAGAGACUACUCGGCAGAAACCAGAGAACAGAGAGAGAGAGAGCCACACAGACGGAGGAGAGGGUUCUGUACAAGAGGAAAAGAACACCCAGCCGCCCACAUCCCAGAACCCACAUCUGUUUAUUACCAGCAGCAGAAGAGGACAGCCACACAGAGAGACGCGAGAGGAGAAGCCGCUCAGCCGCCCAGCCUUCUUGCCAUCCGCAUCUGUGGUUCACCAGCAGAAAGAAGAAGACACAGAACCGCACUAAUCUACUCUGCGAGUUGAGAACGCAAGACCCAAAUCCGAUUGCAGAAGAACCACGCUACCGCCCAGCCUUGCUUCCCGACCACAGAACACCAUUCGGCCAAUUGCAAUUCUUCAU